UGGAAGAACAAGAAGGAGGGGACAAGAGGGAAAAAGAAAUGCAUAGAAAAACAGAGAGAGAACAAAAACAGAGUGACUUCGAGGGAGCGAUCAAACUGAGUCAAUUCGGUUUUGAAUUCCAACCGCUCCACCCAUCUUGAUUCCUCUUCCCUUCACCAAAUCCCAAAGUUUCCAAAAUCCUCUUUUUUUUUUUUUAAAAGCCGUCUCUCUUACAAUACAAUAAGCAUCCCCAUGUCUAGUUUUCCCACAAUCUCAUCAUUUUCGCUUUGCUUAACCUCUGUUCUCUGAUCCUAUCACACACACCCUUCCAUCCUUCCUUCCCCUUUGCUUUAAUUCCAAUCCUUCAACCAUAAUCAUUCACUCAUCUCUCUUCACCAAAAGAAAGGACAUCCCUAUUUAUUCGCCACUCAUUUUGUGGCAGUUACACCUCUGCUUCUCUGUUCAUCCAUCCAAUUCAACCCAGAGGCGUUGAAUUGAACGAACCCCAUCUCCGGGUUUCUUGAAAAGUCACAAACUUGGGAGGAAUCAAACCAUGGGGGUUCAAAAAGACAGGGUGAAAUUCAACGUGGGUGGCAGGGUGAUGGAAACAACAUCCACAACCCUCGCCAAUGCUGGGCGCAAUUCAAUGUUCGGCGCAAUGUUCGACGACAAUUGGAACCUAAUACCAAACAACGACGACAACAACAACAACAACGAAAGAUUCAUCGAUCGCAACCCGGAUUGCUUCGCGAUUCUCCUCGAUCUGCUCCGAACCGGCGAGCUCUACGUCCCACCCGAUAUCCCGGAGAAGCUCCUCUACAGGGAGGCCCUCUACUACGGCCUAUUGGACCACGUGCGCGCCGCCAAGUGGGGCCCAUUCGACGGCAACAGGUUAAGGUUGUCGCGGUCUCUGCAGGGCCAGGCACCGGGCGACGGAACCGCCAUUCGGGCGGGCCCGGAUGGCGGCUGCUGCGUUGCGCAUGGCAGCAUGGUUCAUGUCUAUGAUUGGAUGUUGGAUGAACACCCACCUCUUAACCUUGAUUACCAGAGGGUCAACGAUGUUGGUUGGGUUGACUCCGACAACAUCGUCAUCGGAGUCAGCGAGCGCCUUGGGCGGGGCGACGGCGGGAUGGGGCUGUUCAGCUCCCACACCGGAGAGCUUAGGUACAAGUUUCACGUUUGUCAUGACAAUCAGGUGAAGAGUUACACUGCUGGGGCUUUGAGUUUUAGUUCGGAUUACAAGAUAUUUUCUAGUUGCAAAGGGAGGAGUAAUGAGUAUGGGGUUGGAGUUUGGGACCAGGUUACUGGGAAGCAGAUUGAUUUCUUCUACGAGCCUUUGGGGUGGUCUCUUGGGGAUGCUGAUAAGCUUCAGUGGAUGGAAGGGAGCAACUGUUUGUUGGUGGCUACCAUGUUUCCUAGGAAGGACAACUGUUACAUUAGUCUUUUGGAUUUCAGGGACAAGAAGAUGGUGUGGUGUUGGUCUGAUGUGGGGGCUCCUUUUGCCGUGGAUGAGAAACGGGUCAGGGAUGCUAUUGCCAUGGAGGAUAAUAACUCCAUUUGUGUGGUCAAUGAGUUUGAGGAUUUGGGGUUCAUGGAUUUGAGAAGUUCUGCUGCCAAUAGCAUUAGGUGGAGCUCCAGGAGUAGGUUGAUGAAGGGGAAGAUGCCUGAGGAACCUUGUUAUCCUAAACUGGCAUUGCAUGGGGGACAGCUUUUUUCGUCCAUGAAUGAUUGUAUUUCGGUGUUCUGUGGUCCUGAAUGGGUUUUGACGUCUAGGCUCAGACGAAGCUAUGGUGGUUCAAUUUGUGAUUUUUCCAUUGGAGGGGAUAGGCUUUUCGCGCUUCAUAGUGAGGAGAAUGUGGUUGAUAUUUGGGAGACUCCAACACCACCAAUUAUAUGAUUUUAGUUUUUUAGUGAUAAGUUACUUUUCUUUGGUUUGCUGUAAACCAGACUGCUUCUGGUUUUCUAGAUAGAGUUGAGUUUAAAAACUUGGAUAUACGAGAUUGAGUAGUUUAUAGCUUGGCAUACAUGUAGGUCUUACCUAUACUGAAGAUGUAAUGGAUUGGGGUAUGUGAAUAUCUAUAGAAAAAAAAGAUGAUAUAUGGAUUGCUUAUUUUCUGUUUCUUUU